CUGAGAAGGUAAAGUAAGAGGCUAGAAAGUUGAAACUGAAGCAUAAUAAGUGACAAUAAUAUUUAAGGACCAAUGAGUGAAGAUAAAAGAGUGAAAGUAAACAUAGAUAAAUAAAGAACACCUUCUCCUCACAGCAAGCGCCUCUUCUCUGGUGCUGGAAUCAACAAAAGGUUGUUGUCAAGCGGGACGCGGCCAGCCUUAGAUGGGGAAGUGGUUGGCGGCACCGCCGGUCUUAGUACCACCGCCGGGACAGGGUCGUGCCCCCCAGAACGGAGGAGCAACACAUGCGAGGAGGGCCCUGUCAACAACGCUACAGCCAUACAACAGCAAGGAAUUUAGGAGCUCCGGGGUUUCUGAGGGCGACUAUUGGCAUUAUUGCUAUGGCUGCUCGCGCAUGCUCCUCGCACCCCGCCGAGCACGAUUUGUGGCAGCCGAGAGACGAGGGAAAUUUCUCCGGGCCGGUGGGAUCGUGGAAGCAUGCGCGACACUGCGGCUAUUGGCGAGUAGGAUUGCUGGACAGCCCGAUCCAGACGAUCUCCACUUGGCACGUAUCACCUUCCUGUGGCUCGAAAUCUCAAAUAAUCCCGGCCGAUGGGCGGGCGAUCCUGGCACGCUAGAGCGCCUGAGAUCCAAUGGUUCCAAGUUUACGAGCAGGUUCAGCUCACCCCCAAACCAUCUGUCACAUCGACGGAAGAUUUCCUGCACCUCGCCAGCUCUCGGAACGUGGCUUGUAAAAUUCUCGAAAGAAUUACCAAGUCUGUCGUUGGCCGUUUCCUGUCUGUCAAUUUUUGGCUCUCACUUGAACGCUCGCAGGUACGGAGUAUGGAGUACCUCUAAGGAAAUGGUUCGCGCCGCCCUUCUCGUCAGGAUCGAAUCAAGUGUUUAUCCCUUCGAUCAAGUCAUGACAUCAGACAACCAUCUCAAGGAAAUGAUUACAGUGGGGCGAAUGGACAGCAAGGUUGCUUCGGCUGCUUAACCUCAAGUAUGGUUUUGAACGACUGGCUACCUGCAACUCUUCAAAUAAUAAAGGCUAUUCAGGGAUGGUUUCUCAUCAUCUCCUCGCAUGGGAGCCUCCCCGCUUAUCCUCGAAGCAAAUUUGACGUUUGAAGAUGGUCGAGAUGUCAACAACCCUUGCUAAUUAUCCAGGGACUCCGUACGGAGUAGUCCGUGCUGACUGGUUUAUUAAUUAUGCAAAAGAGGCGAUUGAAGCCGACCGACCUCUGUGAUGCAUAGGUAUUCAAUAGUUAUUUAUGCCAGCAAAUAUCAGCAAAACCCAGUAUUUUAGUGGUUAAGAG